GGAUUAUAAUAGUAGUAGAUAAGAAGGUAAAUCGAUUCUAUGUCUUGAAUGUAUGCGUGCGUGCGUGUGCUUUUGUUUCAUCUGCUAAGGGGUACAAUGCUGUAUUUACAGAUUAACAUCUCAUUUAUUAAGGGUGUGAAAUCUUUUUUCGAUCGUACUAUCUCUUCUAAAGGAUAGUCUGAGCGUCAAAGGGGAGGCGAUUCCAUUCGUUGCCAUGCCUGAGUCAUGUGAGAAAGAUCAGAGAGCAUUGUGGGGACAAGUUAGAGGUUUCGGAAUUCAAGACACAUCUAGAAUGAAUUGUCUAAUCUACUUGUAGUCUGUGAAUGUAAUAUUCUUCCAUUGUUGUUAGUGUUUUUCUGAAUACCUUUUGGUUUGAUGUAAAUUUUGAAGACACCCCCUUCGAUGAGGCCUCUAUAUGCCUUUGUAUAAAAUCACUAUACACUUUGGGAUCCGUUUCAGAAAUCUGAUGAUGGGGAAAUUCAACAUUAGUUUCUCUUUAUCAAAGAAUAUUAUAUAAAUAAAUAAAUAAAUAAAUAAAUAAAUUUUUAUAUCAUAUUGUUAUGGUUAGGUUCGUGGAUUGUCAAGCAUUGCUCAAAGCGGUUCCACCAUACUGCUUUUCACCCCCUUUCAUUUUCCCACUAGGGUAAUUAAAAGGAAUACCCUGGUAUAAGCGCGUUGAUCUGUUUGCUCCUCUUUCUGGCCUGGUUGUGAGCUGCGCAUUCGCAUAGUUACACAAGCGAAGAGAGCAACACAAGGAAGAAAAAUAACAUCAAGGCCACCAGGUCAAGGAGAAAGUGCGCUUAUUUGUGAUUUGAUCAACUUUUACUUCCUUCGUAUUCCCUCCACAGAUACACACAAACACGAGGAAGGGGUGGAAUAAUUAGCGUCGUAUUUGCACGGUAAUAACACGAAUAGAUAAUUAAGAUAAUGCUUCGACACAUCCGUAUGACGUGCCGCACUGGAACUGAGCUUCUUCCGUCACGCCUGUCACAGAUACUACGAGAAUGGGUUAGACCACUAUAUGCCUUUACAGUUCAGCACCGUACACUGGGGCCUGGUGAGGCCGACCCAAUAUGCCGCUGUCGUUAUCCCCUCUACACCCUGUGCUAUCCAUACCCAUCCCCAUACGAUAUGCUGCCCUCUAACAGCGGCAAUCUCCCUUUGACAUCCUCAGAGUUCGCCCUGUCAUCGGAUGCACCAAUGGACACCACCGCUGUGCCCCCCGUGGAGAAGUCACCAUUUGCGGGUGUGAAAUCACGGACCGUUGGUGAUGAUAGCCAAACACAUGAAUGGUUAGCCGAUGCAACGGAAAGCACGCCAUCGUUUCUAACCACUAAGGUCAGACGUCGACAGGCAUUGCAUAUGCGAAAGAUCUGGUCUAGACGGAUGCCACCACUUGUGGCCCAUCCCAACAUCAUUCCUAAUCGACCGACGUGCUACCGCUGCGAUAUCUGUGAUGGGUUUUUAGAUGCGAAGGGGCACCAUGAAGCCGACGGAAGCAAGGCGGAUAGCGAGCCUGUAGCUCGUGGAGGAAGUGAGGACCUUCAAGGGACCCAAUUAUGUAGUGAGGCAAGGAGUAGUGCAACCAAUAGUUUUGUGUCCGCGGUCCCAUCAAUUGUACCCAAAGAAGCUACGACUCGGAUCUUACCCAACAGAUCAUUCCUGAAAGUUUCGCUUGCAAAAGCCACGGAUACUAACGAGGUGGCAACGCGAGGAAGCCUUCUCGAAGGGCACGAGGUAAUUAAUGGGGAGCACAGCACACGAGCAGUAUCUACGGACAUUGCCAACACUAUUAUGAACGAUACCGAAGUGGCUGAGCUACGCUACUUAGACCCUUUUCUUGUCGAGGUUCUCGGUUCUCCUUCAGUGGUUUCACUAUCCCGUUACUUUAUUCGCGAGCUGCAGGCACAGCUCAAACGAUCUAGCCUGACGUAUAAUUACCUCACAAAAAGUAUUAAGAAUGCUGUAGGCAUCUCAAGAUCCCAUGAGAUGGUGUAUAAAGCAUGGACCCAGCAAAAGCAACACACUAGUAGGCCGUUUUCGCAGGGCCAAAACAUUUCUGAGGGUGCAUUAGGACGCCUUCAGACUCAGGUGGAUCUGUUUGAUUUGGCUGCGUACACGGUACGGUUUGCUGUUGCUGCUUAUGGUCUUCCUUAUGAGUUGGGCUACUUCAAUUCACCUAAUGAUAUUUCCAAGUUGCAUGCUAGGCCGCACUGCCGUUACACAUGUGCUACUUCCGACGAGCAAAUUGAGUCAAUGCGGCGCAUGCUGCACGAGGAGGAAGUGGAUCAUCACAUGGAGUUCGCAAUGAGUCGUUACUCAACUCGUAUUGGCCAUCCUUGCUAUGCGGUUGUACUGGACCAUUCGAAACGACGCGUAGUGCUGACUUUUCGUGGCCCAUUGACAUUAUCGGACGUAGUUACAUGCAUAACGGAUGGUUAUAGGCAAGUGAAUCUCGCGCAGCCAGAUGCACUGGGGGGUGUGAGUGCUGAAUCUGGUAGAACUGCAUCGUGCAGCCAAUCGGCGAAUUUGACAGCGCCGGAAUGGAGGCGAUUUAGCAAAGCGAGUGGGCAAAAUAGGUCGGGGUUAUCCCUGGAGGUCACCGAAGAUCAACUCAAGGGAGAAAGCCUUGUUACUCGGAUUCCGUUGGGGUUCUAUCGAGCUGUGAGGGAGGCGGCGCAUAGUGUGGUGCCUGAGCUAAGUGUUAUCCACACCUAUUACCCCAACUACCAGCUUAUCAUCACCGGACACUCCUUAGGGGGUGCUAUAGCAGUGCUCUUUUAUCUUUUGUAUUGCUUCCGGCCCAAGGGCGCGUUGGCUCCUCGUGCAGUGUCUUUUGAAAAUGUGCAGACGGUUGCUUUUGGUGCACCGCCCCUCCUAGAGAAGAAGAUACUACGGACUCUGAAUUUCCAACUAGACUGUGAUAGGGAGCGUGGGGGAAGCCGUAUUAUUAACUUUUGUUAUGGAAAGGAUUUGGUGUCAAGGCUGCAGCCACGCUCUGUUCGACAAAUACUAACUGAGCAGCAUUCCUCGUCGUCUGAUCAAAGUACCAUGUUUGAACAUGUGACGGAUACAAAGCAUAUAUCCCGGAAGAAUAUCAACCGGAACUGCGAUAUACCAGACUGGAUUUUACCGACGUUAGCCGUACCUGGGGAGUUUCUGAACAUAUCGGAUACCCAGGACCAUAAUUGCUUUGAGGUAGGGGAGGAUGAUACUUGGUGUUCACAACUUAUCCUUUUUCCUGAGGCUGUCUUUCACCAUCAUCCCAAUCAUUAUAUGCGGGGGCUUAACCACUUGUUAACGUGUUACUCGAUGCAGCUAGCGGAAGCUAAAGAUAGGUUCGAGAAGAAUUCCAACAUAGUGUGA